AUGGCUCCGCUCUUAUCCUGCGCCGCCAAGCAUGCGGUCCUCGCUCUCUUCCUCCUCUUCCUCCUAUCACCGGUUGGAGCCCAGCCCAGUCCGGACGGGUCCGACCCGUACCAGUACCAGCGGUUCAGCCCGCCGUUGGCCAUCAUCAUCGCCGUACUGAUCGCCGCCCUCUUCCUCAUGGUUUUCUUCUCAGUCUACGUCCGCCGCUGCUCCGACACCUACCAAGCCGACAGCGUCCGCGCCGGCGCCUCCCACACCGGCCGAUCCCGACGCGGGGCAGCCUCACGCGGUCUCGACACCGCCGUCCUCGACACCUUCCCCACACUUGACUAUGCCGAGAUCAAGGGGCUUAAAAUAGGGAAAGAGGCGCUCGAGUGCGCCGUCUGCUUAAACGAAUUCGAGGACGACGAAAUGCUGCGUUUGAUCCCCAAAUGCGACCACGUGUUCCACCCUGACUGCAUCGACGUGUGGCUGAUGUCGCACACCACGUGUCCCGUGUGCCGGGCCAACCUCGUUCCGCAGCCCGGCGACUCGGCACCACAACUCACUGAGUUGGGAUCGGUGCAGCAGGAGGGCGACGUCGAAGCUCAAAACGACGCCGUAGACGCGGAACGGGAGAGAGAUGACCUGGGAAUGCUAGCACAGCAAGAACCUGAGGUGUUGAACAUAAACCAGACGCUUAAUCGGAACCGUACACGUGGAUCGAGAUCGAGCAGGCUGCGGAGAUUGUUCUCGCGCUCACACUCGACCGGACACUCUGCGGUCCAACCGGGAGAAGACACUGAGCGGUUCACCUUGAGGUUACCGGUUGAAGUCAGGAAACAGAUUAUGAACCGGAAGCUGAACCGGUCCACUAGCUUAUUGGUCUUGCCCCGAGAAGGGAGUUCGAGGCGUGGGCCCCGAACCGGUGAGAGUAGCAGUAUUAAUAGAGUGAGGAGCUACAGAAGGCUCGAGCCGUUGGACCGGCAAUUUAGAUCGGACCGGUGGGUGUUCAACAAAACGCCACCAUUUCUCACAAGGAUGUCAAGUCGUUCGUCGCCGAAAGUGGCGGCAAUUGACGGUGAGACACCGGCCGUGCCGGAAAUGUCUAGGAGCAGUUCGGCUCGGCCUCCGGUUUAAUUAGCUUUAGUUGGUUUGUAUAAGUUUUUUUUAUCUUUUCCCCUCCACUGCUUGGGUCAAUUUGUUCAAUGUCUAUAAAUGUUUUUGUACCUUAUUUAUCAAUUUUCUUGAACUUUAAAUUUGAAAAGACCGGGUGUCAUGUAGAUGACAAUGUUGACACUCGUAUUAUAUAUAGUCAAUGGAAUGAGUUGGUCUUACAAAUUAAAGGAUCUUGCUUUA